GCGCUGUGACAUCGGAGGGGGUGGGGUGGAGCACGGGCAGGCAGCCAUGAAGUGGACACAAAGAGGGAGAGAAAAGAAACUACAACAGAGACUUUUGAGACCUGAGCAGUGAUUCAGACGUGAUUCGCAUGGUGGAAUACUCCUCCCAUCCCCUCUCAUGUUGAGUGAGAAAAGGCACAGAAAACAGACUGACGGAUACCUGAAACUAACCCAAGCACUCCUACCUGCACGAUCUGCUGGCUCUCACUUUAGCAGCCAGUUUUGAAGCCCUGUUGGCAUCUCACCUAGUGCUGUUCUGAAGCCAUGCUCAGGUGUUUCUGAACGUGUCUUGAGUUUGGAGUACAGAACUCCACCACACCCCUUUCCUCACCAGCUCUGCUCAAAGUUCAUGCUUUACUCACUGAGCAAAUAAAUUAUUCCAUUGAACUGAUCACACCUUACAGUUCAACAUCAUUGUUUAUGACCAGUUGGAUUUGUCACCAUGAAAGGACUGUGUGUUUUUCUUGUGCUUUUUGCACUGUGCGUUGUACCUACGGUAAACUGUGGAAAUAUCUUGGUCUGGCACACUGAAGGAAGUCACUGGAUCAACAUGAAACCUGUGCUGGACACGCUGAUUGAGAGAGGUCACAAUGUCACCAUGCUGUUUCACAAUGCCUCAAUGUUCAUCGAUCCCAAGGAACACGCACAGUACAACCACCACCUGUUUAAUGUCUCAAUGUCCAUGUCUGAAAUUAAGGACUCUUUUGAAAAGAUCUUACAUUUUUUUAUGUAUGAGGUUUACAGCGGGAACUAUGUGAAGAUGUAUUGGAAGCUCUAUGAACUUUUGGAGCAAAAUUCGGCUAUUGGCCUUAAAAUGUGUGAUGGCAUUCUGCGGUCCGAAACUCUCAUGGAAAAACUGAAGCAGGGCAAAUAUGAUCUUGUGUUCGCUGAUCCUGUUUAUCCCUGCAGUGAACUGGUAGCUGAGAUUCUGCACAUACCCUUUGUGUACUCUCUGCGUUUCUCAAUAGCCAACACCAUGGAGAGACUCUGUGGAAUGCUGCCCGCUCCACCGUCAUAUGUUCCCGGCACUAUGGUCAAACUGACUGACAAGAUGACCCUCAUUGAAAGAAUCGUUAAUGUUGUGUUCUAUCUGGUGCAAGACACAACAUUUGGUCUCACGUGGAAACGUUAUGAUCAAUAUUACAGUGAAAUUUUAGGGAAUGCCACCUCUUUCUGUAAGCUAAUGGGCAAAGCUGACCUCUGGUUGAUUCGGACAUACUGGGACUUUGAUUAUCCCCACCCCAUCCUUCCUAACUUCAAAUACGUUGGAGGAAUUCACUGCAAACCUGCCAAACCCCUACCAAAGGACAUGGAGGAGUUUGUUCAGAGCUCUGGGGAUGAUGGGAUUGUGGUGUUCACUUUGGGAUCAAUGAUCACAAACCUCACCAAAGAGAAAAGCAAUAUCAUUGCCUCUGCCUUGGGGCAAAUCCCACAGAAGGUGUUGUGGAGGUACAAAGGAGAGAAGCCAGAGACUCUUGCUCCAAACACCAGGCUGUACGAAUGGAUCCCACAGAAUGACCUGCUGGGACACCCCAAAACCAGAGCUUUUGUCACCCACGGUGGGACCAAUGGGUUGUAUGAGGCCAUAUAUCAUGGUGUUCCCAUGGUGGGUAUUCCACUAUUUGGUGACCAGCCAGACAACAUGGUGCACAUGAAAGCCAAAGGAGCUGCUGUCAUCAUGGACUUCAACACCAUGCAGGCCAAAGACCUUUUGGACGGACUGAGGAAAGUGAUCAAUGAUCCAUCGUAUAAAGCCAGUGCCAUGAAACUGUCAAAAAUACACCAUGACAGACCCCAGACGCCAAGGGAUGAGGCCGUGUUUUGGAUAGAACAUGUGAUGCGCCAAAAGGGGGCGGAGCAUCUAAGAGUACAAGCCCAUAACCUCACUUGGUACCAGUACCACUGUCUUGAUGCAUUCACCAUUCUUAUUGGGAUAGUUAUACUGAUUCUCUAUGUGGUUUACAAGACUUGCCAGGUUUGUUUCAGGAGGUGCUGUUUAAGAUCAAAUCAAAAGAACAAACAAGAGUGAAUCAAUUUUAUAGGAUUUUUUAUUUGCAUUUUCUCAGUGUAUUUGGGGAGUUUUAAAACCAGAUCUGGCUCCAAAUAGCUGCAGCACUGUUUAUACAUUUUAUUUACUUGAACUUUUAUUUACUCAAGUUUUCUUGAGCUGGUGUCAAGGGCUGUUUUUCUCUUGCUCUGAAGUCAUCUAAAUGAUUGUUUUUUAUA